AGUUUUCCGGCUUCCCCUUGGCGACUCCAUGCCGCGGCGUCGCCCCCCUGGCCUCGCCUGGCCCCGGACGCGGUAGCCAUGGCCGCAGUGGCCGUCCUUCGGAACGACUCUCUGCAAGCGUUUCUUCAGGACCGCACUCCGAGCGCCUCCCCCGACGUGGCCAAACACUCGCCGCUGGCUUUACUGGCCGCCACCUGUAGCCGCAUUGGACAGCCCGGCGCGUCGGGCCCGCCGUCGGACUUCCUGCAGGUGUCCUACGAGGCCAGCUUGGGCUCUCCGUCCAGGAUCUUCCACCCGUGGAGCAGCGACAUGCCGGCGCACUCGCCAGGCGGCCUGCCGCCGCCCAGCCUGGGCCUUACCCCGCAGCCGGCCUUCGGCAGCGCCCACGAGCUCCCGCUGACGCCGCCGGCGGACCCGUCGUACCCGUACGAGUUCUCGCCCGUCAAGAUGCUGCCGCCGCCGUCCAUGGGCGCGCUGUCGUCCAGCUGCGCUCCACCGCCGCCUGCUGCCUACGUGCCCUACGCCGCCCAAGCGGCCCUGCCGCCGGGCUACUCCAACCUGCUGGCCCCGCCGCCGGCGCCCCAGCCCUGCCGGCAGCUCUCCCCGGCGCCCGACGACAUCCCUUGGUGGAGCAUCCAGCAGGCGGCGCCCGGCGCGGGCGGCUGCGCGCACCGCUUCGCGGCGGGAAGCCUGCAGCGCGGCCUGGUGUUAGCGCCGUCGGAGCUGGCGCAGUACCAGACGCAGCUGGCCGCGCUGCUGCACCCCAAGGCGCCCCUGGCGGCCACGGCCAGGAGGUGCCGGCGCUGCCGCUGCCCCAACUGCCAGGCGGCGGCGGCCGGAGGUGGGAGCGGCGGCCCCAACGGGGCGCCAUCAUCCGAGCCGGGCAAGAAGAAGCAGCACGUGUGCCACAUCCCCGGCUGCGGGAAGGUGUACGGCAAGACGUCGCACCUCAAGGCGCACCUGCGCUGGCACACGGGCGAGCGGCCGUUCGUGUGCAACUGGCUCUUCUGCGGAAAGAGCUUCACGCGCUCCGACGAGCUGCAGAGGCACCUGCGGACUCACACGGGCGAGAAGCGCUUCGGCUGCGCCGAGUGCGGCAAGCGCUUCAUGCGCAGCGACCACCUGGCCAAGCACGUCAAGACGCACCAGAACAAGCGUCUCAAAGCCGCUGCCGCGCCGGGACACGGACACGCGUGUGCCACCGUCAAAAGAGAGGAGCCCAGGGACAUGUGACCUGCGCCUGCCCUGAGCUUGCCCUCCCACGCCCGCUUCCUGGGUUGAGUUGGGCCAUGAAGCGCCCAGGCCUGCCCCUGGGGUUGAGCUGCUGCGCUCUGCGGGAUCCCCCUCCAGAUCCCCCUUGCAGAUUUUAGAGGCCUGGGAGAGUCUGGGGAACUCCACUUUGCAGAGAUUUCUGGGAGGAGGACUUGCACCCAGGACCCACCCUUGAAAGUCUGGGCGGCCUGGAAAAGGGGGUGGGGGACACAAGAACACCUCCUUUGAACAUAGCUGCCUGUAUUCGGUGAGCUUGUAAUGAGUGUUCACGGAGCAGUUGGCGCAGCAUCAUCCCAUAUCGGAAUCGAGGCCAAGGUGACGCGCCAGGAAAACGCUGCCUCUGGGAGGUGAUCCUUGCCUUGGGAGCAGAAGCCUGGCUCUCAUCUUUAUAAGAUUUGGAACUGUGUGCUCUGGGGGUCGGAGAUGUCCGUUUACGUCAACCCACCCUGUGGAUUUAUUUUAUUUCUAGGUUUUUGCUCCUGGUACUCCCAGAUACUGUCACCGGUGAGGAUCAGGACUUACAGUGCCAACUGUUUGCAACAAUUACUCGGACUAGAGGGCACACACACACCCCAAAUACCAUUUUGGAAACAUCUGGUCAAAGUGGGCUGGAUUACUGUUUUAAAUUAAAAACAACUGCAGCAUUAGCCUGGCUAUAGAGGGCCUGGCUCCAUUCAUUAUUAUAAUUUUACGCCUUUCUUUGGGGGGAAAGGCCAACCUUUUCUGUACAGUUUAUUUAAUAGCUUUGAAUAAAAAAUAAAAAUGUUUUUCCCCCUCCCCCUCCUUGUUCUUGGCUCCAUAUGGGGGCUAUAGCAUGAGAUGUGUCUGUAAAGCAACCUGCAUUUGCAGCUUGAUAAUAAAUACAUUAA